AUGGGGAUGAGAACAGCGGGGGAAGGGGAGGGGAGCGAGUCAAGGGCGGUGAGGGAGACCUUGUCGGCGGCGAGGCAAUGGAGGGGCGAGCGCGCGACCACGACCUCUGCCGCUUCCACGCCGACGACCCAGCAGGACCAGAUCCGGGCGCUCAAGCACUUCAACGUCGGCGAGGACUACCCCGUCUUCGACGGCCUCUACAGCUUCUGCCAGAGCUACGCCGGCGGCUGCGUCAAGCUCAACCACAGCCACGACAUCGCCAUCAACGCCCUCGAGCUCGCCCGCACGGCGACGCCGCCGCCCAGCUCCUCCCCCGGCGGCUGCCGCCCGCGCCAAGCUCCAUCCCGCCGGCCGCGCACUUCUCCGCCCCCGACGGCCGCGCACUGCUCCGCCCCCCACGGUCGCUGCCCAGCUCCUCCCCGGCAGCUGCCGCCGGCGCCAAGUUCCACCCCUCGCCGCCGCCGGCUUCCUCUGGGCCCUCUUCCCCUCAUGCCUCCCUCCUGCCCUCCCCGGCGGCGGCGCGGUAUGGCGGAGCUCAAGGAUGGCGAGGACGGCGCGGCGUCGUGGGCGGGCGCUGGGUGGCGCAACUCGAGAACGGCGAGGGCGGCGCGGAGAUGGGGCGGGGGUCGUUGGCGGCGACCCCGACGCGGCGGCCUGAUCACGCGUCGCGGCUGCCAUCGCUGCCUCGUCGGCCGCCGCUCUCAACCCUGUCACGCCGCUCGUGGCCGACCCCUUCAACCAGUCACCGGCGUCGGCAUCACCGGAGGAGGAGACCGCGGCCAUCGCACUCGCGCAGAGAGGAGAAGAGUUUGAGAGAGAGAAGGAAGGGAGAGAGAUGACUCAUCCCCACACGUGGGACCCACGUGAGGCCCACGCUGACUCACACGCCACGUCAGACAAAACUGCGUCCAAAACCACCAGAGGACCU